AUGGCAGAGCAGCGCCCAGCGAAACGGUUGAAGAGGUCUUAUGCUACGUCUCAAGCACAUUCGUGGCCUCUGGUGCCUGGCGUGCUAGUGCUGGAGAUUUGCCGUUGGCUCGGCGGCGACCAGAAAGUUGCUUCCAAAGAAGGUCGCAGGCAGGUCGCCCGCUUGGCCGAAGCCAUCGGUGCAGCGUGGUGCGUGGACCGCUUCUGGCGACGCUGCUGUGAGGCGGCCUGCUGGGAGCUCUUCAGCCAGGAGUUCCAGCAAGUGGUGCGGGGCCGCUUUAACCCUCUGCGGGCAGCGCAGCAAUUGACAGCCUGGUGGGAAGAGCAAGGGAGCACUCAGCUGGAAGCACCGGUGGCUGGCGUGGUGGCGGAGUCCCAACUUACCGCCUCGCGCUGA